CUCUACUGUUUCGGCAAUAAGAUGUCGACAAUGACGCCAAAAGUGGUGAUGUUUUCGAUGGACGUCGGCGACGCUCCCAAGACUGAGGAACAGCUCAAAGCACAAGACGCUAAUCACAACAAACUGGAGGAACAGAUCAAAGAGCUGUCGGGCGCUCUGACGGCCGUAAAGCACGAACAGGAGUACAUGGCUGUCAGGGACCGCAUCCACCGGUCCAUCAACGAGAGCACCAACUCCCGGGUCGUCUUGUGGGCCUUCUUCGAGGCCUUAGUACUCGUGGCCAUGACUUUAGGUCAGGUCUACUAUCUUAAGAGGUUUUUCGAAGUGCGACGAGUCGUGUGA